AUGCAACUGAGUAAGGCUGCUGAGUUGUGCUAUGAGAUAACAAACUCUUACUUACACAUAGACCAAAAAUCCCAAAUAAUAGCAAGUACACAAGAAGCGAUACGGUUGACAAGAAAAUACCUACUAAGUGAAAUUUUUGUUCGCUGGAGUCCACUGAAUGGGGAAAUAUCGUUCUCCUACAAUGGGGGAAAAGAUUGCCAGGUAUUACUUUUGCUAUACUUAAGUUGCUUAUGGGAAUAUUUCUUUAUUAAGGCUCAAAAUUCUCAAUUUGAUUUCGAAUUUCAAAGCUUCCCCAUGCAAAGGCUUCCAACAGUUUUUAUUGAUCAGGAAGAAACUUUCCCCACGUUAGAAAAUUUUGUGUUGGAAACCUCAGAGCGAUAUUGCCUGUCCUUGUACGAAUCGCAAAGACAAUCUGGAGCGUCCGUCAAUAUGGCAGAUGCAUUUAGAGAUUUUAUAAAAAUAUACCCUGAGACCGAAGCCAUAGUGAUAGGUAUUAGGCACACAGACCCAUUUGGUGAAACAUUAAAACCUAUUCAAAGAACAGACUCUAACUGGCCUGAUUUUAUGAGAUUGCAACCUCUCUUACAUUGGGACUUAACCAAUAUAUGGAGUUUCUUACUGUACUCUAAUGAACCAAUUUGUGGACUAUACGGUAAAGGUUUUACAUCUGUUGGUGGAAUCAACAACUCAUUGCCCAACCCGCACUUGAGGAAGGAUUCCAAUAAUCCAACUUUGGAUUUUGAGUGGGAAAUCACUCAUGCAUUUGGCAAGGACGCAGAAGGCGAACAUAGCUCUGUUAUAAACACGUCACCUAUUUCCGUAGUGGAUAAAGAAAGAUUUAGCAAAUACCGUGACGAUUAUUAUCCUGGCUGGUAUCUGGUCGAUGACACUUUAGAGAGAGCUGGAAGGAUCAAGAAUUAA